AACAAACUAAACUGCCACCAUGGCAUCUACAGGUGGACCUGAAGCAGAAUUUCAUGACCCGUGCCGCAGAGAACUACUCGAAGCCCUGAAAGAUGUCAUACCUGUCGAUACCAUACCACCAACAGCCUGGGCAUGCCUCUGGCUAAGCGACAUUGAUAGGCUAGCGAACCUUGUCGCUCAGACUCGAAUUUGGCCCCCUUUCAUCGUGGGUUUUGUUGAAAGCAUCGAAUCUUCUGCAAGACUGGUUCCAACAUGGACUCAACGAAAACGACAAGCUUCUGCCACUUCUACUCCACUCCGACCUUCCACUCCACAGCGACCUACAACUCCCCUGCGGCCGCCUCCGUCGCAGCAGUCAUCUUCAGCACAGGAUAGUCCUGGACGAAAGCGAGAUAGCAGUGGGCAGCUGCUGAUUACUCGCUCUAAAGCACAGCGAGACCUGUGCCAUCAGAGGGACCAAAGGAAAUGUAUCCUUACAAAGUCCGGCGAGCCAAAUGAAGUCGCGCAUAUCUACCCAUUCUCCAUGCGAUACGAGAAUACCACUAUCAAACGUCAAGGGCUCUCCUUUUGGGACACCCUACGGACAUUUUGGUCUAAAGAGCGUGUGGAUGCCUGGUACAACGCGAUAUUCCCUCUUGGUACGGAAGUCUGUCAGAACCUCCUGUGUCUUUGCCCGAAUGCACAUGCAUAUUGGGAAAGGGCAUAUUUUGCCCUCAAACCAAUCAGAAUUUCAGACGACAAGAAGCAUCUAGAUGUGCAGUUUUUCUGGCUAUCGUUAAACCCCUACGUUACUGGAGUCGAUGUCUUACAAGUUCCUUCAUUGCCAAAUUCAGAUCGAGGACCAAACUUAGCCAGGCUAUUUAACCAUGAGACCUGCGAGAAGAUUAGUUCUGGAUGCGAAAUUUCUCUAGAAACUGAUGACCCAGUAUCACGGCCGCUGCCUGACUUUAGGCUGCUAGAGAUGCAAUGGUUCCUACACCGUAUGACAGCAAUGAGCGGAGCUGCUGAACCCCAGGACAACUUUUAUGAUGAUGAUGAUGAUGGCGAUGACGACAUUGCAGGGGCCCUGCAGUAUCGGCGGGAUAUGUACGCGGGGGAUGACAUGGAUAUGGAGGAAGGGCCGGCUAUGUACUUGGAGACUUCGCCAGAGCAUUUGUGGGAGGAAUGCUUCCCUGCACAGCCCCCAGGAAUUCAAACAUUCGGGCAUAUGAUCACACUCCGUGGUGGAGGAGGAUACCGCGAAGGAGAAGAUCGCGAAGGGGAAGACCACGAAGGAGAAAACCACGAAGGAGAAGAGCACAAAGAAUUCUAAUAAGGCUUGAUAGCAUUAGCAUGGCUACAUGUCACAAAAUUAC